AUGCAGAAAUUCACGUUGUUAGAAGCUGAGCAUGUUGGAUCUAGCAACAAGAAAAAUGAAAGUGCAAAGGAAACAGAAGGCAGUGUUGGGAAAAAAGUAUUAGAUCUCACAUUAACCGCAAAGGAUCCAAGAUCUGUUCAUGCAACCUGGAGGCCGCCAAGCGAACCACUGGGCAUCAUUGAGGUCUUCGAAAUUUCUGCUCUCAAUAACAAAACAGGCAGUGAGGUGGAAUACGUUUCUAAGGAGUCUGCGAUCACUCUGACUGGCUUAGACCCUUCGACAACCUACACCAUUUCCGUAUCGGUGAGGAACAAAAAAGGCGAAUAUGAUAAUUUGCCGUUGGAAACGACAGGCGGUGGCGGUGGUCUCGGAGAGAGGGUGUCAGGCGAAGUGGAAACUUUGUCCUCAGAUGCUGAAAUACCCAAUGACGUAAGGGCCGUUGCCCUCAGUUCACAAAACAUUCAGGUGACAUGGAAGCGUCCCAAUUACACUUUGUCAGAUGAAGAGGGCUACAAACUGGAGAUAGUGGGCCAAGACUUCAGCGAUGCCGUCAUAGUUGGAACAGAUGUGUUUUCACACACAUUUUCCGGCCUGCAACCACUCACGGAGUACACCAUUUACGUGCAGGUUCAAGACAGAAUUCCAGGGGUUGGCCUAUACACGAGCAUAAGAGGACCCUAUCCAUUUUGCGGUGGAACACUGAUUGCCCCUGACUGGGUUAUUACCGCGGCCCAUUGUGUUGAAAUGGCCAUGAACUGCAUUGCCCCACCCGUUGGCGAACUGUUUACGUACGAAACCUAUGCAAACGCCACACUGUUUGCCCGAAUUGGUGACCAUGAUUUGAAAAAAACGGAUAAAUCUGAAAGGGAUCGUGUGAUCCACAGCAUAAUAAUGCAUCCAAAUUUCAGGAUAGAGUCGGGCUCCAGUGAACAUGAUAUCGCCCUCCUGCGAUUGCAGAAAGCCGUCGUGGCCGAUGGUGCGAUUGAUUUUAUUUGCCUUCCAAGGCAAGACUCACUUGUUCCCCUUUCCAAAGAAUGCACAUUUGCAAGCUGGGGUGCACCUCCGCGUCUAUCCACUCUGUCAUACACAAAUUCGCAGGUACUCAUGGAAGGCAGACUGAGCCUUGAAACGCAAGAUUUCUGCGAUUCGGAAGCAAAUGAGCCUCAGUCUGAAGGACAAGCCUGUUUCGGAACAGGCGCUUUUAAUCCUUGUUGGGGUGACAAUGGCGCCGGCGUCAACUGCGUUAAUGCCCAAGGACAAUGGAUACUCUAUGGAAUAAUAAACAGUGGAAGUUUCCUUUGCACAGGCCAGAAUGCCACGAGCACAAAGAUACUGCCUCAUCUUGACUGGAUCAAGAAAUCCAUUGAGACCAAGGAAUUUGCCUGA